ACAACUGUCUAUAUAAAUACAUUCAUAAAUAUUCCCUUUUCUCACCGUGUGUUCAUAAACAUUAAAAAAAAACAGGAAGUAGAGAUCCCAUCUUCUUUUCUUUGGUCUUCCAGUCACUUCAUUUCUCUGUUACCGAAAACUUGUCGAUAAUAAUAUUUCGCCGACUUUCUCCAAUUCAAUCUCCAAAGUCAGUUUUCAUAUUCUUGAAUAGCAAUACAAAACUUCCAAUUUUCGAAGAAUUUUCAAAUUGUGGAUUUCUUCAGGUUCAUCGAAUUUCGCCUUUUCGAUCCGUAUUUUCAGGCAGUAAUGAUUAAAACGUGAGAAACUUUCUCGAUUUUUGUAGUAUUGAUUAAUUUUUCAGAUUAAUUUUGAAAGAAUUUUUGAUCUUAUUUGAGGUGAUUUAAUUUGCAGUUGGAGAAGAGAGAUAGCUGGCUAUGGCGGUUGCAACGCCAUGUUUACAGUUUCCUCAUUCUCCAACAACAACAAAAAACCUGAACUUAAGCGACGGCGUUUUGUUUUUCCGAUCUACUUUUCUUGGAACGACGUCGUGUUCAAUGCUAUAUAGAACACGUUCUUAUGAAUUGUUAUCAAAACAUAGGAGAAAUCCUUCAACUCGAAGGGUCUACAGUGGAAGCUUCGAUAAUUCUUUGUCUUUCGAAAACGAAGAAUUCUCGAAGAAAAUCGAGGAAUUAGGGUUUAAUUUCCAAAUAUCAUCUCAAACGAAUUUCAGUUUGUCUGAUGAAGAAGAAGAAAUUAAAGAGGUUGAUAUUGAAUCAUCCUUAAUGGAGAUUCAAAGUAUAGAAAUGAAGGCGAAAAGCUUGGAUCUACCUUUAUCGCUUCGAAUGAUUAAAAGGAAGAAGAAACAAUGGCAGGAAAGCUUCAUGGAAGCAAAGGAAUCAGCUUAUUCUUCUAUUAAAAUUGCGUUUUCAUCCAUGGUCUUUAUAAUCAGAGAACUCCAUUGUUACACUCUUCAAAUGAGAGAAAUCUUGUUUUACGAAGAUUUACAAGGAAUUUUAGCCAGAGUACAAACUGAAAUGCAUACUUCAUUCGUAUGGCUUUUUCAACAAGUUUUCUCUCGUACUCCUACUCUAAUGGUUUACAUCAUGAUUCUUCUCGCAAAUUUCACUGUACAUUCAAUGUCCAAUUCUUCCGCCAUUGCUAUGUCUCAACCUCCAAUUGCGACAAUGGAGGUUAGAGAAGUGCAUAGCCAUAAGAGCUUUAAAUCCGAUACAUCAUCGAAUAAAUUUACAAUCACCAAAUCUUCGUCGAGUAAAACGACGUCAGUUGGAGGAAACAAUGGUGGAAGUAACAACAUUAAACCUGUAGGAAGUGGAAUGGACGGUGAUGGAUGGAUGAAUAAGAACUCUGGAAUUCUCCACCGUCCGAUUGUUUCUGAUGGUCCGUCUUUAACUGGUGAAGAUACACGGAGGAAGGAGGAAGAAGAGGUUAAUGUUUGGAAUUCUAUUGUUGAAGAAGCUUCUAGACUUCAAAGUGAAGUGAGAGAUGAAGCUCUUGAUGGUGAGACUUUGCAGAGAUUUGUUUCUCCAUUGACGGUGAAAAUUGAAGAGGAUGUUGAUUAUGAAGAUUAUUAUAAAACUCAGCUUCUUUAUCAAAAUGGUUUGAAUCAAGAACCUGAUAAUGUUUUACUCUUGGUUAAUUAUGCUCAGUUUCUCUACCUCGUUGUUCAUGAUUUUGACAGAGCCGAGGAAUACUUUAAAAGGGCAGUAAAGGUGGAGCCAAAAGAUGCUGAGGCACAUAACAAGUAUGCCAAUUUUUUGUGGCAAGUGAGGAAUGACUUAUGGGCAGCUGAAGAGACCUUUUUAGAGGCCAUUUCUGCUGAGCCUAGUAACUCUUACUAUGCUGCUAAUUAUGCGCAUUUCCUUUGGAAUACCGGUGGUGAGGACACAUGUUUCCCUCUCGACUCUCCUGAUAAUGAAACCUUUGAUGACUAAUUGAAAAAGUGAAAUGAACGGAACAGAGGAAGCAAUAGUAGGAGUGGAAGAACAGGCACUGUGGAUUUGAGUCUUUCCACAGGCCACAAGGGCAUUUUUCCGAAAGUUUAUAGCAUACAUAUACAAGGAUAAAACCACAUUAUUUGGGAUUGAAAAUAAAGAUAUUGCGAGGAGAAAUAGAGGUGAUUGCAAAUUGUAAAUGAUUUAUGCUUCCUUGCAGUUGAUGCAAUUAAAAUUCUCCAUUAAUGGUUAUAAAAGUUAAUGAUUACGGUGGAGGAUGUGGGUUAUUGCUCUUGACGAAGAAAAAUGGCAAAUGGUUUAUUUUAAAAGUCAAGAUAUGGUGAACGUGUUAGGCAAAUGUGUCCUAUUGGAAACCAAUAUCUUCUGCCUUGGAAGUUCGAGGAGGAUCAAGCUAAGAUUUUAAUGCACAUAAUCUUAAGUUUGCUAUGGUAACUAAUUGAUUUUUCUUCUAUUUUUGUUUAUAAAAUAUAUUUGUAAUAACAAUGGAAUACUAAUCAAUAUCAAUAAUCAAUAAAAUAUGUUAAUGAAGAAA